CGAUAUCUUGAGAUAUAUAGUCGAAAAGAGAAUGGUUACUGAUAUCGGGGAAAUGAGGGCAAACCAACGGGCUAAAGGCCACGCAUCCAUCCUAGCCAUUGGAACUGCUACUCCCGAAAGCUGUUUCCAUCAAGCUGAUUUUCCUGACUACUACUUUCGUGUCACAAAAAGCGAACACAUGACCGUCCUCAAACAGAAGUUCACUCGCAUUUGCGAAAGGUCGACGGUAAAGAAAAGGUAUAUGAUCUUCACAGAAGAGUUUCUUGAGGAAAACCCUAUGUUCUGCUCCCACAGUGCUCCAUCUCUUAAUGCUCGACAAGACACGCUAAUGGACUACAUACCAAAGCUAGCUGCGAAAGCAGCAUCCAAGGCUAUCAAGGAGUGGGAACCCAAGUCGAUGAUCACCCAUGUCAUCGUAUGCACUGUUAUUGCAUCAGAAAUGCCUGGGGUGGACGUUAAGCUGAUUAAGCUAUUGGGGCUCAAUCCAUCCGUCAAAAGGAUCAUGCUCUAUCACCAGGGUUGCUUUGCUGGUGGAACGGUCCUUCGGAUAGCUAAGGAUCUCGCGGAGAAUAAUGCCAAUGCACGAGUGCUCGUAGUCAAUGCUGAGAGCAUUAUCGGAGACUUUCGAGGGCCAUCUGAGGAAAAUAUGGCUUCUCUUGUAUUGCAGGCAAUCUUCGGGGAUGGUGCAGCUGCACUGAUAAUUGGUGCUGAUCCGAUAGACCAGGUUGAGCGACCCAUAUUCCAAAUUGCAUUCACUGCAGAGACCAUCAUACCUGACACAGAAGAUGGUGUCGCAGGAAAGUUACGAGAUACGGGUUUAAAAUUCAUCUUAUCAGACAAUGUUCCCUCCUUGAUUGCUGACAACAUUGAGAAGAGCUUGAUGGAGGCCUUCGGUCCAAUUGGUAUCAAUGAUUGGAACUCAAUAUUUUGGGCACCUCACCCAGGCGGCCCGAAAAUCCUCGACAAAAUUGAAUCAAAGCUACGAUUAACCAAAGACAAGUUAGCGGCUACCAGGCAUAUGUUGCAAGAGUACGGGAACAUGUCUAGCGCCUGUGUGCUAUUCAUUCUUGAUGAGAUGAGGAGGAGGUCAAAAGAGGAUGGAAUGCUCACCACCGGCGAAGGCCUCAAGUGGGGCGUACUUUUCGGGUUUGGCCCAGGCCUUACCGUUGAGACUGUCGUGCUUCGCAGCUGUCCUAUCGUGUAGUGAUAACCGUACUGUAAGAUCAACCUUAAUGGUUCGUGUUUGUGCGUGUGUUUUUUUCUUUUCAGUGCACUGGUUCGUUUGUGUCUUAAUAUCUAGUCAAUUCGUUUGCAUGGUUUGUUGUGGUUUAAGUAAUACAAAAUAAAUUGUAUGUACGCACUCUGGGAAGGCAAUCGGUUGCACUAUAUAAUCAUAGUACAUUACAAAAAUUUUUAGUAAGUUACUUGAAUUUAUCUUGGAUUACUAAUAGAGAAGGUAAAUUGCACGAAUUUCAAAGCAUAUUAUAUAUAUUACGAAGUAAAACAUUAAAAAUU